CGUCACACUGACAGUACUACACAUUUAAUUUUGACAUUUGCUAUCCAACAAGACGAAAAUUCUAAUUUGUUUCUGACGAAAAGUAAAUAUAAAUAAAUUGGAAAAAAAAUUAAACCGUAAAUUUGAAAUGGAGGGAAUUCUCUGGAAGUGGACUAAUUACUGGAACGGAUGGCAAACCAGAUGGUUUGUUUUAGAAAAUGGUAUUAUUUCGUACUAUAAAUCUCAAGAGGAAGUCAGCCAAGGGUGCAAAGGGUCUGUGAAAGUCUCGGUUUGUCAAAUCAAUGUGAAUGCAAUAGACAACACGAGGCUAGAUAUAGUUAUACCAGGGCAGCAACACAUGUAUUUGAGAGCACCCUCACCACAGGACAGACAGAAGUGGCUGGUUGCACUAGGCAGUGCAAAGGCUUGUGUCGACUCAAAAGAUCUGAAAGCUGCAUCUUUAGAAGAUACAAACUCAUUAGGUCAUAAGAAAUCUGAGUUACGUUUAUAUUGCGAUCUCAUGAUGCAACAAGUGCAUGCUGUGAAAAGUGCAGCUUUUGCUGAAGGUGGUCCUGAGACAAAGAAAAUCGAAGAUGCUUCAAGUCUCCUCACUGCAACAUGUGAUACCUUUAUAAGAACUUUAGAGGAUAUAAUGAGACUAACAUCGAAUGCAGGACAAAAUUCUAUAACUUUUGAGAUGCCAAUACCAAAUAUUAAAAAUAACAGUUCCAAUAAAACUCCUAGGCAAAGUAUAAGUCGAACAUUGUCCCAAGAAAACAGAUGAAAUCUUCCUAUUUACUUAUAUAACUAUAAAUUCAUAUAAAAUAUUUUAUUAUCUAUGUAAUAUAUUCAUGUUUGUAACCCUGGUGAUAUGGCUUUUGCUUUGAUAUACCAAAAAAAGAAAAAUAUCAACCUAGUGAUAAUAUGGCAUCCAUAUUACACAGGUCUUGUUUAUGUAAAUGUGUUUAGUUUUGUUGAAAAUUGUAUUUAUAGUUUAUUUUGUUAUCAGACGCAACAUGUUUUAUUUAAAAUUAAAACUACAAGUAAUAUAAUGGAAUUGUAUUGUAACACUGCAAGAUAAAACAUAUCUAUGAUAUUAAAUUCCGUACUUAAUUGUUUAACAUUGUAUCUCAAUUAAAAUGGUGAAUUGAAUGUUUAGCCUAGUACUUGAAUCAGACCAUUGUAACGAAAUGUUGUUUAUUGUACUUAUACCUAGUGUAUCAAGCUUGCAUAAUAAUGUAUUCCUGUGAUAUAAAUGUAGCAGCUGUGUCACAUAAUUAUAUCAAAUGAGGCUAUCAUAAUAAAUAAUAAUGCUCUUAAAAGUUAAUUUUAUCAUGUCAAUGAAUUUCUAUAUUUACUUGUUUUAUGUAAAUGUAAAAAUUAAUAUUAUUAUGUAGUAUGUAUUGUAAAAAGCGACUCAUUGAAUUGUAUUGUUAUUUUAGGUAAAAAUAAUAUUGAUACCAGGUGAAAAUUAAAGAACUGAUUGAUUAUAAACAUUCCAACUGUCAAUGUUUUAAUUGUUUUAUAUACCUACGAAAAAUGUUGCACACAAAAUUUUACUUUUAGAAUUGUUUAGAAAACAAUAUUGAAAUGUCAUUACUGCAAAUGUAUUUAUGAUUAUAAACUGCAACUUUUUAAUAAACAAUAGUGAUGUAUAUUAAAAAUAAAAAAGUAGAUAAAAACUUAA